AUGACACGAACCGACCCGCCUGACAUAUUAGUGUCAACAGUUUUUCAAGACAUUAAGUUGACCCUGAACACUGAUUCUCAAAGCCUUCAACCAACUGCACAAUGUGACAGCUUCAUGUCCAACCCUACAGAGCUUCACCAGCAACCAUUCAAUAAGAGGCACUGCCGCAGCUUCGACUUUCUUGAAUCCUUAGAUGAGCACUUGUCCAAUACGGAAACCAUGGAAUCGUCUCAGAGAGGGUCACACAAGCGUGCAGGUACUCCUGAACCAUCUUCACAGCCUGUGGGAAGGCGGGCCUCUAUCAGAACAGACACAAGAUACAUGUCACAAGGGGUGGACACCUCAAGGGAACCAGCCAAAGAACCACGAAGAAGACCUAGAUCAAAAAGUGCUCCAAGAGUCAAAACCACUUUCACCUCAGUCCCUAUACAAAUGGCUUCUUCUUCUCAAUCACCUCCUCCAACUGCUAGAAGAGGUAGAGAGACUCAAAGGGUCUCACGAGAACCUCCGAAAGCUGUAUCCUCUCCCAAAAGAGAGCCUAGCUACGCACCCACAAAAGUAUUAAUGAAUGAGGUGCAUCCCAUAAAACUGCAACCUCAGCGCAAUAGCUCAAGUCGUAUUUCUCCCCUUUGUAUCAGCAACAAUUGCAUGGAGGAAAGUCAUGGUAUGAAAACAAUCUCUAGUCCUCAUGUUCGAUGCAGGAUGGAUAUUAAACCAGAUGAUGCAGUUCUGCAACAUGCAGCUCACAGUACCAAGACCUGCCAACCCUGGGGGGAAGCACCAUACUGCACAAGGCAACCUGGGACUCCAAGAAGUCUAGCUGUGCCAACUGGAAGGCUAAUAUCUGUGUCUCGGACACCUACACCCAGUGAAACUCAUAGUGGAGAUCAUAGAAUUGCACACUUCCCCUGUAACCCAGGACCUGAAGCCUAUACACCCGAUUUUCGUGGAAUCCCAUACCAAAACGUUGCUUCACCAAGGGAUUUCACACCACAUUCAAACCGGGAAUACAGUCAGUAUGGCAGUCCUAGCAUUCCCACUUCAUUCUUUUACACAGAGGAGGAUGCCAACUACAGCCAAAACAUCCCUAUUCAGAGUAGGAGCUGUGUUGCUUAUCCUCAUCCAUAUUCUGAUCAUGGGAUUCCUACACACAACUAUUAUCCAGAAGAGCCCCCUAGUGCCCCAGCAAGAACAUUUUACAUUGAGGAGCCAAGACCUUACCCUAUUCAAGAAGCCCCAAUUAGGACGUUUUAUGGAGAGGAUCCACGUUUCUACCCUCCCCGUACUGUCCCUUCCAAAACUGUCUAUGGGGAAGAUCCAAGAUCUUAUCCCUUACAGAGCACUUCUUCCAAACUGUACUAUGCUGAGGAUAUUGCAAAAUACUCAGAACGGGAAGCUCUCUCCAGAACCUACCCUUAUCCCAGAAGCACACAAUCUCUGCAGUUCAAUGACUUUUAUUUUCCAGAUCAGACAUCAAUACCUUAUCCUAUGUCACCCUUCCCAAAUCAGCCUUCUGGGAGGGAGGCAAUGCUUUCAUCUUGGCAUGCCUCAUACAGCAUGAACCAACAGAGACUAGGGACAGAUGCUAGGAACUACUCUAGGUCUUGGGAUAAUAUUCUGAACCCCAGUGGGCGCAAAGAAGACCUGCUAUCACGUGGCCGCAGCUAUGAGAACCUACUUUGCCGUGAACAACGUGCCUUAUCUCCUGAUGACAGGCGCCAGCCUGUGGUGGUUAAUCUUUCUUGCUCUCCUAAGCGCUAUGCCGCUCUUUCACUCUCAGAAAACUCUAUUGUGGAAAAGAUACACACAGACACUGGAACUGGGAGGUAUACAAUGGGGCGCUCAUGGUUUGUUACCCCAGAAAUUACCAUUACAGACAAUGACUUAAGAGCAAAUGGUGUAAGAAGGGGUGAGAGGCGCUCAGCCAGCUGGGAUGUAAUAGAUUCAGGAACUUCCCCACCAGCAUACCCAACUCAUGUUUCCUACCCUACCAAAGAUAAGAUUCCAAGUAGAUCUUCUAGACACCGUAGUCUGGAGCAGCUUGAUGAGCUGAUUGCAGACUUAGUGAUAGACUAUAAACCACCAUCAAGUCGCCGUCCCAGUGAGGCUGAUGCAUUGGCUGACCAAUUAAGAAAGCUGAUUAAAGAAGACAUGAUAGGGAUCCCUCGGAAAAUGGAACCUCAUGGGCCAACAGCACAUCUCCUACAGAAUCGACCCCUGAAGGAGCAGCCAACGCCAACCUUUUCUGAUUCCCAAAGAGGUCAAAGGAGAGGCUGUUUCCCUGAGAUGCCAGUAACCAGCCCCUAUAAACCCCUGGAGGAUUGCUCAUCAGAUCUGAGUGCUGAUGAAGAUGAUCUAUUGACCUGCUCAAAUGCCAAGUGCAGACGCACAGAGACCAUGUUCAAUGCCUGUCUCUAUUUUAAGUCAUGUCACAGCUGCUACACCUAUUACUGCUCUCGUAAUUGCCGCCGUGAGGAUUGGGACAUUCACAAAGAGAACUGUAUCUAUGGCCGUAUGGGCAGUGUCUGCCGCCAUGUGCUUAAAUUUUGCAGAGAGAGCACAGAGGUUCACAAAGCCUUUUCUCGCAUUGCUAAAGUGGGUUAUCUGUCCCGGGGAAGGGGAGUGCUCUUCUUAGGUUUUCCUAACCCAGGCUCUGCAGACAAUUUCUUGCAUCUAGGCCUGGAAGGCCUGAUGAUGUCCCCCACAUAUCUGUCUUUGAGAGAGCUUGAGAGCUACUCAGACAAUCUUGGAGAGCAUGCCAAGGAGUUACAGGGAGCUGGCAGCCAAUACGACCCUGAGGAAUGUUUCAUAUUGAAUGUAACUGUGGCAGUGGGCCAGGGAGGUCCUGAUAGGCUUUCAUCUAGAGCCCACCACAUCCCCACAAUCCGCAAGUAUGCCAAAAUAGCCUUAGCCUCUUCCAGUCCCGAAAGAAAGAUAACAAAAAAAGAGAAGGACAUGGAGACCCUUAUUUUGACCCCACCCCCAGGCACUGCUGACCUGGAAAAAGAUGGCGAGGAGGGAAGAAAAGCCAGGGAGGUCUGUUUUAUCCAUAUUCAGAGGGAGCUGAGGAUCAGGGGGGUCUUCCUACGCCAUGAGUAUCCUAAAAUUUACCAGCAGUUAUGUGAGUUUGUAGAGAACAACAAAAGGUUUACCCCCACUACAAUUUAUCCUAUUGACAAAAGGACUGGUAAGCAGUUCAUGUGCAUGAUUAUGGCAGCUUCAGAGCCCAGGACUCUAGAUUGGGUAGCAAGUCCCAACCUACUGGAUGAUAUCAUGUGA